AUGGAGUCUGCAAGACUAGCAACAGAAGCGACUCAGCAGAGGCACUUGGAAGCUCUGCAUCAGAUAGGAGAAAACCAUUCGGCCGCUGGUUCAUCCCAAGCUUCACUACCACGAGUGCAAGAGUGGAGUUUGGAGGAUUUCCUACAAUACCAUCCAUCCCGCUUUGAUGGCAAAGUUAGCCCGAAUGGAGCUGAUCAGUGGAUGCGGGACAUGGAACGAAUCUUUAAUGCUAAGAGAUGUCCUGCAGAGAACAGGCUGGCAUACACUGAGUAUCUUCUUGCUGGAGAGGUCGUGCAUUGGUGGUCUAGCAUGAAGAUGAUGUUGGAGGACAGCCAAGAGACCAUCACCUGGGAACUGUUUAAGAAGAAGUUCUAUGCUGAGUUCUUCCCAAAUAGUGUGAGGUAUGCGAAGGAGUUCGAGUUCUUGCAGCUGACGCAAGGAGAAAUGUCAGUGUUAGAGUACGUUGAAAAGUUCAAACACUUAGGUAAAUUCCACACCCUGAAGAUGGCAGAGGACUGGCAGUGUAGAAAAUUUGAGAAUGGGUUGAGGGGUGACCUCAAGCUCAUGGUGGCUCCGCUCUCUAUCAAGGAGUUCCCUGCCUUGGUAUAG